AUGGCUACUCCUCUUCACCCCGCGGUCACUGUUUCUAAUAUCCGAACACUUAUCCCAAUCACCCUGGACAUUGAAUCCGGCCACUAUACAUCGUGCUCGGAACUUUUCAAGAACCACUGUAAGGCUUUUCAAGUAUAUGAUCACCUUCAACCAAGGACCGCUCCUGCUACAUCCUCUGGUACGGAUAAAGAAAAGUCUGCCCCAACUGAAUCUUGGGAGCGCCUUGACGCCAUCGUCCUGCAAUGGAUAUACGGUACUAUAUCCACAGAUCUGCUACACACCGUAUUGAAGCCAAACACCACAGCCUACGAUGCCUGGACCGCAUUAUCUAAUCUUUUUCAAGACAACAAGGCCACACGGACAAUUGAUCUCAACAAUUGGUUCGCUACUACCCGCCUUGAUCAGUUCACAUCCAUGUCCGCAUACUGCCAGGCUAUGAAAGUUAUCUAUGAUCAACUUAUUAAUGUUGGAGCAUCUAUUACAGAUGAGCAGUUGGUACUACAAAUUCUCACGGGUCUCACAGAACAAUACGAAAGUGUUGCUCUCUUCAUACAACAAACGAAACCAUUACCCGACUUCUAUGACACCCGAUCUCGUCUGUGUAUGGCUGAAACUCGAAAACUGAAUCAAGCCAAGCAAGCUGCACAGAUCGCUGGAACUGCACUAGCUGCAACCGCGGACCGUGGUACCUCUCCUCGUACAUCGGAUAACCACACGGAUUCUUCAGAUCGCACCAGGGAAUGUGGUCGUGGCCGGGGCCGUGGCCGUGGCCGUGGAAACUCGAACAGGGGACGUGGCUACUCAAACUCAGCAUCACAAUCUGUCUCUCAAUCUGCUGGUCAGCCUUUCUCCUCACCCUUUCCGUACUGGGCCAGUCCACCACCUAAUUACUAUUCACAUCAGUGGGCCCCUUGGACAAUACCCCCAUGCCCUUACUCGACGGCCGCGAAAUCCACCAACCCAGCCCAAGGCAUAUUAGGCCCAAGACCAGCCCAAAAUUAUGCUGCAAGUCAGGCUUCAUCAUAUGACGGUCAGACCAUGACAGACAUUAAUCAGGCACUUUACAACUUAUCCAUGAAUUAG